ACAACCCUGGAUAGUUUAUGAAAGCGUGUAGAUAUAUACAGUAAUACAGUUGCUUUCCACCCCUCAGCCUAUACUCUCAGAGACUAGUGGUUGAGGAAUAUAAAAGAACUCAUAUUUCAUCCCACACCCGCUUCAUUUUUAAUUUACAAUAGAUCCUGAUGCAUUGGUGGACAAAUAAGAUGCAAGAAACCUUUAUACUCCAUCACAAACAUAGAUUGAGGUUUCCUCUUAACUUCUCCCUACUUACCUAACCCACCCUGAGCAACUGUAUCCUGGCUGUGAACCUUGAACCCAAAUCAAACAAUAUAGACAGAAAAAUACAUUAAGGAAUAUAAAUACUGUUGAAAUAUAAUCUAAUCAUGAAAGAUCAAGAAGUCAAGGAACCUAUUCCACCAACCAAAAGAAUACACAAGCUUGUUUUGACCGGCGGACCAUGUGGGGGUAAGACAACGGGUCAGGCCAGUUUGGCAAAUUUCUUUGAAAAUCUUGGUUGGAAGGUAUUCCGAGUACCUGAGACUGCAACAGUGUUAAUGUCCGGAGGAAUAUCUUUCGGAGAUCUGACAGAGGAGCAGGUUUUGGAUUUCCAAGAACACCUAGUUGUAACCAUGAUGGCACUGGAGGACACCUACUUCUCUAUGGGGGAGAAAUGCGCCCAGAACGUGUUGAUCAUUUGCGAUCGAGGUGUGAUGGACGCAUCUGCAUUCAUUGACAAGGAAGCGUGGGAUAGGAUUCUGAGUAAGCUUAGUCUCGAGGACAUUGAGAUUAGCGACAACCGGUACAAUCAUAUCGUCCAUAUGCAGAGCGCUGCCAUCGGUGCUGAGAAGUUUUACACAACAGAAGAUCAUUCAGCGAGGUUUGAAGGAUUAGAGCUUGCAAGAGAAAGGGAUAGAAGAGCUAUGGAUGCCUGGAGGGAUCAUCCUUACGUUGAUAUCAUUGAUAACCGUUCCGACUUUGAUUCCAAGAUCAAUAAGCUGAUUGAUCUUGUUGCUAAACGGAUCGGAAUAAAUGUUGGAGAUAGGUUUAAUGCAAACUCAAGGAAGGUAAAAUUCCUCAUAUCUUCAGUUCCUAAGGAUGAAGAGUUUCCUGUCAAAUUUACAGAUUUUCAGGUUGUGCACCAUUACCUUCACUCUGCAAAGAAGGGUUUCCAAACCCGGCUUCGAAAGCGAGUAAGAAAUGGACGACCAACGUUUACUUUUACAGUUCGUAAACCUGAACUCCAGGGUCAGACUGUAGAGAUGAAGCAACAAGUUUCUCAGAGGGAUUAUCUCAAUCUUCUUACUCACAGGGACGAUUCUCAUCUUCCAGUGUUCAAAACUAGACGCUGCUUUCUCUAUCAGAAUCAGCAGUAUUCCCUGGAUAUAUACAGAUCUCCCUGUCAUCCAAGGUGUAAAGGAUUGGUGUUUCUGGAAACAUUUACAACUCUUGAGGAUAAAGAGAUCUUGUCGUCUCUUCCUCCAUUCCUCAGGGUGAAGAGGAAUGUGACCGGGGACCCUGCCUUCUCUAUGUACAACCUGAGUAUCAGGUCGGACUGGCAGGAGUCUGUAGAUCAGUUCUGUCACAGGCUGUCCUCGGACGAUGAGGAUGAAAAGGAUGAAGUUUAUGACGUGAAGCAAGCUCACGAGAGGCUGGUCAAUCUAUCUGAGUCGGACUCAUCCUCGGAUAUAUCUAUCUAACCUCAUACUAAAACCUACAUAAUCGUUCUCCACAAAAAUUGAUUAUUUUUGAGGGAAAAAUUUGUAUGUAAUAAAUUAUCCAAUACAUGAAUUAUGUAUCCGCAAAACCUUCCUCUGUGCAGCAAAGUACCAAAGACAUUUAAAGACGUCAGUCUUUUAAAUGAAUAAUGAAAAAAAAA